AUGAAUGUAUUUGUCGAGAUUGGCACGGAUUGCAAUGCGGUGGGGUCCGCUGCUUGGAGCCAAUCCGGGCAUCAUGUUUUCUUUUCGGUGUACGGACCAGAUGAAGUCAAGAUUUUUGAUGAGCUCACGCAUCGUGCACUUGUAGACGUGACGGUUGCUCCUCCGGUUGGCCAGCGUGGCGCAAAGGAGACGGAGUUGGAACUGUUUCUGAUCUCUUUUAUGGAGCGACUUAUUGACGUCAAGUCUUUUCCACGUACUAAGUUCACCGGGCGAUUGUACAUUGUCACUGGUGAUACGACACAUCCGCAGACGGCCGCCUCUGCUAUGAAUGCCAUAUCCCUCGCAUUGCUUCAAUCAGGGUUUCCACUUCGCGCUACCGUUGCUGCGAUAUGUACCGAGCUGGAAGGUGUCCCCAUCACAAUCGCAAUUGAUGUGACCCAUCCACAACUCUCUGGCUCUGAUCAGAUGGCCUGUAUCCCCAGUGUCUUCUCCAUAUACACAGGCCAAUCUAAAUUGGCCGACAGUGCGCGUGGCACUAAAGGUUUCUCUCCAGCUGAUCUUAGCAGGAUUCUCGCUGUGCCCAAGGAUGUCAACGAGUUGUCGAACCGUUCGUUGUACAGACAAGCUCUCGAUUUGGUUGAUGUCAUGCUAACUCAACUCGCUUCUGCACAAGUACCCCUGUAA